CCUUUAGUGUCACUUUCUGUAAUUAUAAUUUCGAAAUAAUGGAUAGACGAAAAUAAAGUAGAUUUCUGUUUAAAAUUUCAAAAAAAGUUUAUAAGACAGUAAGUAUUCUGCGUGUACAUCUUAUGUUUAGGACGGAAGUAGCAGUACGCAUGCGCAUGUUACUUCUUAACGAUGGUUUAAACAUUUUUAGAAUGAAAUAUAUUAAUUUCGAGAAAGCGCAAGAGACGCCUAUAAAGUAUAUUGAAAAGACAUUUUAAUAUUUUUAUGCGAAUUCACGAAGACGAAGAAAAUAUAAAGAUUUUAAAAUCCGUUUGAAACUUUUAAAAAAUAAAAACAGUUUUGCAAACUAAUUCGGUUGCAUUGCGCCCCACCUUUACUCUCAGCGCCUCGACUGAGCGCCUUUUUGUUCUACGGCUUUAGCCGGUAGAACUUUAAAAUGGGCUUCUUUUUUUGUGGCCGUUUUUACUAUCGAGACUAGUGAAGCACAGAAGGGUACCAGUCUAGUGUAGCAGUACGUAAAUCAUUAGAUUUUGAAAAUACACUGUUGAACCUUGUUGCUCCAAGGUUGAACGGUACAAAAGGUACAAAAACCUAUUAUUUUUACAAAUAAAUCAUUUUGAAUUAUUAUUUUAUGUUCAGUUGGUUUCGCCAGUUUGACCUAUCUUUUUUAAACGAGAAUAGCAAGAGAAUCAAGGGAUUUAAAGCGAUUAAAUAAUAUUAAGGCCAUUCAGAAAUUGUAUUUUCUAUAACAAAAAAAAAAAGCGUGUGCACAGUUACUUGGCGUUUUUAUUCUUCCUUGUCCUGAGAUUUUUAAUUCAAUGAAAAAGACCAUGAGAAGUCCGCUACGGUGAUCGUGUAAUGUAAAUUCAAUUUAAUAUUUAAUCCCAACCCCAGCCAAAUCGAAAACUUUCGAAAAAAAUGAAUAUUGUAGAGAUGAUACAUACCUUAAACUCAGGGACUUAGUAGUAGUAGUCCAGGAGCUCAUAACAGAACUUUAGGUCCCAUUUUCUACAAAAGGUUUGACCCUCUAAAUAGGUUGGUAGUAUCACGGACAAUAAAAAUCACAUGGUCAGCUGACCCAAUUUGGGGGCGUUUGGGUCCCAGGCCCCUAAAAUUACCCUAAUUCGAGACUCCUAUUUGGUCCCAUAAUUCUCAAAGCUUAAAAGUUAGUAACGUGUGUCAUUAUAUGAGAGAAUCUGAAAAAUGAUAAAGCUUACCGAAAAAUUGGGUCUUAAGACUGGGUCAGACCCCCCUCAAAGACCAUAUUUAGGACCUUAAUUUGUCCCCAUAAGCUACAAACUCCAAAUUUUGCACAAACAUUCUCUAACAUAGUGUAAUGUCAGUGGUCAUAAAGCUGACCAAAAAUUUGGGUCUCUUGGCCUAGUCAGACCGCGUCUCGCCCCAUAUCUCUAUUUUUAAUGCGGAGGAGAAGCAAUAGAAAAACAUUUGUCUUAUUUCCAAUGUGUUCAGGGCCUUAACUUAUUUUUAGAAUUUUUUUAAAUAGAAUAGAACGUUUUCGUCCAAAUACAACAGGAAACCGACAUAACAAACCAGACAGUGAAAGAAAAAAGUUAAGAGAAGCAGUUAUUUUGAAGCAAGUGAAGUAAAAACGUGAACAAAUUACCGGGAUAUUUGCAUAUUAGACUAUCAAAUAUAGAAAAUUAGAAACUUUAGAUAAAAUGUGAUAGAUAGAAGAUAUGACAGGUAAAGAUAUAUGUAAUUAUAUCAAGUUUUUAGUUACUGCAUGUUGUAGUCAGUUUCGGAUGAUAAGUCAAAAAAAGUUUUAAUAGUCUGUUGUUGAACUGAAUUUUUUAAACAUAUAUUUUGUCAAUUUUUACUUCAUUGAUUGAAUUUCUCAUUUCGUAGAAUUUUCGAACAAAGAAAUAUUCAAUAAGAUCAAUGAAAGCGAUGAUGUUGUAGCUACUGUAGAUGACAAUUUAAAUGCAAAUGGAAAUACUGACAGUGAUGAACGAUGCUGUGUGCUGCAUGUUGGUGAUGGAUACAAAGUUGGCAAAAUAAAUCUCUUCAAUACGGAAACCCUGGGAAAGUGCAAAUCUAUCUUAGUUACACGUAAAAAUGGAAAUCUAAAGUACAAGGAUACGCAACUUCCUGGCUUUGUGAAUAAAAUUCAAGGAUUUCAUUUAAAUUGUUACAAAAGAUUUAUAGCAUUGUCUGAAACACAGAGAAAAAAUCUCCCCAACGAUAAGAAAGUAUCUAAAGCUGUCCCUUUAACCCGUUCAAAAAUUUCCAUAACAGUGCAAUCAUCUUCAACAGGAGUGUUUUCAAAGAUAUGUAUUUUCUGCAUGCGAAAGGAAAAGAAGCACAAAAAUUUAAAGCAAAAAUUAAAUGCAGCAUCUACAGAGAAUUUUCAAGAAAAUAUAAAAAAGUAUGCACGUUGGUUGGAAGAUAAGCCUAUGUUAGUGCGAAUCGGAAAUGAAGAUUUUGUAAGCAAAGAAAUAUACUACCAUGGAAUGUGCAGGGUCAGUUAUCAAAGCAAGGCCGAAAAAACACCAUUGGCAAUACAAGAGAGGAAUGAAAAAGGGAUGGAAAGACAAAAACUUGAAACAUCCUGGCAUACUGCGAGAGGGAUUCACUGCAAGGCUUUUGAAGGUGUUUGUGCUUAUAUUGAUGAUCACAUCCUAAAAGAAAAAGAUGUUAUCUUACUCAGCGAGAUAAAAAAUCAAUAUCACAUGUUACUAGCAGAAAUCGGGAAUGAAGCAUUCGAAGAUAUUGAAUCGUCUUCAGCAAAACUUGAGCAAAAAUUAUUAAAGCAUUACAAAGAAAGUAUACAAAUCAUGAAGGGGAAAACAAGACGUGGAAACUUGAUAUUCUGCAGCACCAUUUCCGAAGAAGAAGCUUUCAGGAAAGAGUACUCGAUGAAGACAAAAUUGAAAGCGAAGAUUAGAGAUGUAGCGUUUGCAUUAAGGUCUGCCAUAAUGGAAAUUGAAAAAUGCCCUAUACCCGAUGAAGUGACAUUUGCAGAUAUAAAAAAAGGUGAAGUUGAGGCACCAAAUGAAUUAAUUGAAUUUUUCAGUUACCUUAUUGGUGGUCCUGACCAACGCAUAGUAAAGUCAAAUCAGAAGCAGAGGCGCAUAAAAAGUAUUGCUGACGAUGUCAUAUUUGCUGCAACAUCAGGAAAAAAAAAACCUGCAAAACAUUUGCAGCUUGGACUGGCAGUGAAAAGCAUUACAGGAAGCAAAAAAGUGAUCGAAAUGUUAAAUAGACUUGGACACUCUGUUAGCUAUAGCAUUAUCGAAGAACUAGAAACAGAAUUAACUUUUACAUCAACAAAGGCCGGGAAUGCCACACCACAUGGUAUGAAACUAAUGUCAAGUCUUGGAACAGGCGUUGCAUUCGACAACUUUGACAGAUUUGUUGAAACUUUAAGUGGAAAGGAUACCUUGCAUGAUACUGUUGGGAUAGCGUACCAAGUUGUGUCACAAAAUAAUGACAAAUCAUUGGAAGAAGAUGACGAUUCUACCCUUGGCAAUUCUCAGCUAUCUGGAAAGAAAAAACGUAGAUCAUUUCUGGCUGUAGGAUUAGACAUAGAGCCGUACAGAAAAAAACCUAAGAUGUUAACAAGAAUAAUGCUUCCACUAGAUGACCAGAGAAGGGCGUCAGAACCCCUUUCAUAUAUCAAAGCACGCAUGUACGAUACCUUGUGGAUGAUGGAUUUUUAUUUUUCACCCGACACUACACCAAUGUGGGUUGGCUGGAAUUCUAUAAUUUUUCAAAAUACCAACAAUCUGCAAAAAGUUUGGUACCUGCCACAAAUUAAUCAGUCUCCAACUUCUAUAGCUGUAGUAGCAGAAACAUUGAGGCGUGCACAGGUGAUUGCGAAUGAAUGUGGUAAAAAAAACAUUUCAGUAACAUAUGAUCUUGCGAUUGCCAAAGUGGCUAUGCAACUUCAAGCAGAAGAAUCUCCAAAGUUUGACAAUAUAUUUGUCGCUCUAGGUGCAUUCCAUGUAGAGAUGGCCAUGUUUAGCGCAUUUGGCAAGUACAUCGCUGAAUCUGGUGGUCCGCAUAUCCUAAAUGAAGCUGGUGUGAUUGAAAAAGGUUCUCUCAAGUCAUUUUUACUGGGAAAGUGUUACAAGAGAAGUAAAAGAUGUCACCAAAUACUUGCACUUGCAAUGGAGAUUCUUCAUUUUCAAUAUUUUCUUCAAGAAAGAGAGGAAAUUCAAUUAAAAGAAGAUAUCCAAGAAGAAAUCAAGUUCAUAAAAUCCCAAGAACCCUUGAACUUGCAUGAAGGACAUGAAGUAUCCAAAGAAGUCAACAAUGUCUUGCGUGAAUACAGUCAAUUCAGGCAAGAUACAGAGAAAGGAAAUCAUGGUGCAACAGCACAAUAUUGGAUGGGGUACGUCGAGAUGAUUCGACUUUACCAUGAUUUUAGUAGAAGCUUGAGGGAUGGAAACUUUGAUCUGUAUGUGUGCUGCUUGCCUAAAGUCGCAAACUAUUUCUUUAGCAUGAACCAUCCAAAUUACGCUCGUUGGAUUGUCCGUUAUCAUGAUAAUCUUCUCAAACUAAAGGACUCUCAUCCCGAGGUUUACACUGAAUUUCAAAGGGGAUUAUUUUCGCUGCGAAGAACCCAAAAGUCAUUCUCAAGAUUACCAAUCGACUUGACAUUAGAGCAAACGAUAAAUGCAGAUGCUGCAUGUCAGCGAAAAGGUAUAUCAGCUUUAACAAAUUCUAUUUCUGCUCGUCAACGAUGGGCACAAAGUCAUUCUAUUCGAACAAGUAUUGUGUCAUACGUGUUUGAAAAUUUGGGGAUGACAAAACAGGAAGACGUGUCUCAAGAUUUAAAGGCCAGCAGAAUGCGACAAAAUUCUAAAGAUUUACAUCAAGUUAUAAACAUGGUCAAGGAAACCAUGAAUCCAUUUAACGAUGCUAUUGAAAAACAAUAUCUUUUUAAUAUAGCAUCAGGAAAAGCAGCCUCACCAGACACAACAAAGUUUUUGCUCAACAUCGUUAGUGUUGGAAGCAAAGCACGUGAUAAAUUUAUUGACGAAUGUUCUAAAGAUCCAGCAAGAUUCGAAAAACCUAUACGAAGACAAACAUUACACACAUUUGCAACUGGGGGAACGAAGUAUAAUAUUAAAGCUGCUGACAACAAAGUGGUUGCUGUAACGAUGAUGAGAGAUUUGUUUGGUAGCAUCUUGUACCAUUCGCUACAAAGGAAAAUUGAUAUGGCAGAGGUACUGAAGUAUCCUCUAACACCUGUCCCUUUAUCUCUUGGACAUGUUGAUGGCAAAAUGCAAAAGACCCCUAAAGUCAAAUUAUUGAACGAGUUAGAAGCAAAAGUAAAAACUGACGAUCCAAAUCGCGUCGAUGUUAACAUAAUUGAUGGAAUGUUUUUCCUACAUCUUUUUGUAGACCUUCCAGCAACAUUUGGAGCUCUGGCAACAUUCAUUUUGAAACGCGUUUGUGCUAGCAAGGGAAACAUCAUACAUUUUGUUCUAGACAAAAUGGUACACCCGAGUAUCAAGGAUUGUGAAAGGGAUUUGCGAUGUACUGAGAGACAUGGAGCUUAUCAGAUAACUGGACCUGAGCAAAAAAGACCUUCAAACUGGUUGAAUGCAUUGAGAAAUGAUCACUUCAAAGCAGCAUUGGUGGAGUUCUUAGCCUUCUUUUGGGAAAACAACAUGCAUUCAACAGUACUUGGAAACAAAACAGUCAUAAUGAAUCGCAAUGAUACCUGCUACAUGUUUAGAGUUGAAGGAGAGAUCGUGGUCAAAACCGAGAUCGUUAAAUUGUUUUCAACUCAUGAAGAAGCUGAUUCCAGAAUUUUGUACCACCUAUCUUCGAUUCAAACACCAGCAAACGUUGUGAUAAGAACCAUAGAUACUGACGUGCUGAUAAUUGCUCUUGGCUGCCUUAGUAAGUUACCUAACAGCUUGAAUAUUUGGAUGGAAACCGGUGUUUACACUAAAAAUACAUUAAGGUACAUAAGUAUUAAUCAAAUAUACCAGAAAUUGGGCAAAAAUAUUUGCAUGGCCUUGCCAGCAUACCAUGCUUUCACUGGAUGUGACUAUACAGCAUCGUUUAGUAGGAAAGGAAAAAUUCGACCUUUCAAACUACUAGAAAAAAAUGAAAGUGUGCAAGAUGUAUUUAAACAGCUAGGAACAAAUCUUGAUGUCACAGAUGACGCUUUUGCAACGUUGGAAAAAUUUGUAUGCAGCAUGUAUGGAAAAAGGAAUCUAUCAUCUGUAGAUGAAGCUAGGUUGGUAAUGUUUUUGGAAAAGUAUAAACCAAAAGGAGAAAAUGAAGCAAUUUCCUGUGUUAAAAAGUUUGAUGGAAGUUCUCUACCACCUUGUUUACGAGUGUUGCGUCAAAAGAUUUAUCGAACAAAGUAUGUUGCACAGUUAUGGAUGUCAUCAAUAACGUCCGAGCCUCCAAAUCACCUUCCUGAAGACAUGGGUUGGCUGCUGAAAGAUGGCAGCUAUAUCAUUAAGUGGUACGAAGGCGAAAUGUCUCCAAAAGCAGUAGAUGUCACCAGCAAUGAAAAUUAUUAUGGAUUCUCCAGAGAAGUAGAAGAUUUUGAAGGGUUUGAUGAACUGUCAAGUGAUGACGAUUCAGACAGUGAUGACGAAACUAGUGACGAAGACGUGUAAUGAUAAUUUAAGAUGCUGAUGCAGAACAAUAUCAAUCAUGCUGCUAUAACCUAUUGUACAUAUUUAUAUUUUAUUAAAUGCUAUCAGAGCAUUU